CGAAAGGUUAGUAAUUUCUGGAAUUUCAAAGUUCAAUUUAAUUGGGUCUCUAAGGGUUUCAGAACGAAAUUUGGGGUUUUUUCGAUUUCGAAACCCUAGAGUGAGUUACUGACGAUGAAACUGUUUCUUCGAAAACCCAAUAGAUUUGGAUCUCUGGAAUAUGAUUUGCUAAGUUCAAUUUCAGUACCAUCUGACUGAUUCCCUCAACUGUAUUCUACUACCACUUAUGCAAUAUGAAACUAAUUCAAAUCUCUUCCCACGAAGCCAAAAACCCGACAGAGCUCUCUCUCAGGCAAGCCUUUGAACUUGUUGAGCCAAAACUGAGGCCCCCUUUUGCAUUAACAGUUCCAAAUCCACAAGAAUACUUGCUUCUCAACAAAGCCAUCCUUUAUGGUGUUUUAUGCGAAACCCAUGUUGGAAAGGCACAUAUUAAGCACUUGCAUGCUAUUGUCACUGAUGGGUAUUGCUGCUUUGUUGGUUUGCUGGUCGAGGUCGCGAAUGAAUUGUAUGUCAAACUUCUUGAACCAGUGAAGUCUCGAUUGAUUUGGGUUACUAAGGAGUUGAUCAAUGUUCUAGCAGUAGGCGUUGAAGGUUUGUUGGUUUGUUUGUUGAGGCAAAUUCUUGGAGGGGAUUUUAGUGAUGGAAAUCUGUGGCUGUGUUUUGAGAUGGCGACCAUCUUUAUGUUGAAAUGGGAUUAUUUGUUACAAGUUGAUCCGAUGAUUUUGACUAGUGGGUUGUAUACGUAUCUUCGGCUUUUAGCUGAUCACUCUAGAUUUGUCAGUAAUCCACAAUUAGAGGCAUUAAAGCAAUUGGAAAUUGAUUUUUGUAUUAAAGUUUUAAAGGAGCAGUUUCCUUUGUGUUUGAAGGUUGGCAGGGAUCUUGUUCGACUUUUACAAGAUUUGGUUCAUUUACCAAAGUUUAGAGCAAUAUGGAAGGAUUUGGUAUUGAACCAGGGCGAGUUUAAGGCUCGGGGAUUUUAUGGUAUUCCACAGCUCUAUAACACAAGGACUCCAAGUGAGUAUAUGUUACUUCGGAUUACUCCAGAAAUGGAGUCCCAAUUGCGAUUUUUACUCACUCAUGUGAAGUUGGGAAACCAGAAGCGUCACCAGGCGUGGUUUGCCAAGAAGUUUCUAUGGGAACCAAACAGGGAGACUCUCAUAAUUGACAUUGUUCGAUUUAUAUGUUGUGCCUACCACCCGACCAACAAAGUCAUUCAGUCAGAUGUCGUUCCAAGAUGGGCUGUUAUAGGUUGGCUAUUGAAAUCUUGCACGAAGAAUUAUGUUGAAGCAAAUGUGAAACUGGCUCUACUUUAUGAUUGGCUCUUUUUUGAGGAAAGAGUAGACAAUAUUAUGGAUAUUGAACCCGCAAUGCUGUUAAUGGUAUAUUCUAUACCCAGAUACAUUGAUAUAACUCACACUCUUCUUGAAUUUCUUUUCCUUCUUAUGGAGAACUAUGAUGUGGAACAUUACGAUAUCUUGGUUAAAGGUGUGUCAACUUCUUUUAGUGUACUUGUUAAGAGAGGAGUGAUUUGUUCACUUGAUGUCUUGACCUCUUGUGAUGCACUGUCUCCUAUAUUGCAACAAGCUCGACGGGUUUUUGUCAGGUAGGAAAGUUGAAAUCUCGAAAAAGUGUCAACAACCUUGUCAUCCUGGUCAUUUUGUGGGCAACUAUUCUUCCUGUAUGGAAACUCCAAUACCAUUAACAGUGUUUUUCAGGAUUUUGCUUCUGCUGUUAUGGCUAAAUGGGAUCAUGUAUCUAAUGGCCCAAUUCUAUUUGAAAGCUUGGCUUAUUUUUUGGAAAAAUCUGAGAGCAAAAAUGGGGAUUCUGUCAUUCAUGAUUCAGCAGGAAUGAUAAGCCGUUCUGCCAUUUUGUGGUUAUUGAACUAUUUUAAUGGCAGUGAUUUUGAUAUUUCUCGCAACUUCUCCAUAAAUACUAUGUGCAAAAAUGCAAUGUGACAAGUAUGAUGAGUAUUGUAAUGCCUUUUCAUUGGAAGGUAUGCUGUUGAAAGUGGAUAUACAAUCUGAAGCUUCAAAGGUUGUAUUCAGAAUGUCAAGGGGGAAUCCUUGCAUACUGCAAAAUAUCAGGAUCCAAGAGAGAUGCUACCAAUUUUUCUUAAAGGCAGGUUUCCUCAAAGAGCGAUGUUGUGGAUGCUCUAGUUCAAAAAGGAUUCUCCAAAGAUGUCGCAUAGGUCGACGCUGAUAAUCCGGAUGGCUUCUUUAGGAUCCUUUCCUCUUCUUUCUAUUGAUUCAAAACCUGGGGGAACUUUACAAUGCUCUUGAUCAGUUCAGACAUACCAGCUUUCUACUGGCAAGUCACGACAGACGGUUCCAAUGUUUAAUCCUUGGAAAAAAACCGGUCAAGCUCUCCAUCAAAUGAUUGUAUACAUCUGUUCAUAUAUAUAUCAUAGUGAUUUCUGUGUA